CUGCAUUGCUGCGCGGAAUAGUGGCAUCCUGGAGAAAUGACGCAAGCCACGGUUUACGCUCAGUUCGGCGCUGCGCUCCUCAGCCAGUCUCCAUAUACGCCGCUGCUCCCGCCCGCCCGAUCGACUGAAGCCCGGCAGUUCUCAAGUGGACCGAACGGAACCGGUUCAUCACAAGUGAGUGUGAGAUGCUGAGGAGAGGCUCCAGAGAGUGAGGCCAUGGGCUGCACCUCAGCCAAGCAGGUGUCUGCCGUGCCCAACGAUGAGGAGGGACGCGGAAAGGCCUACAGCAACGGAGACCUCUUCACAGAUGAGUACAAGAUGAAGGGAGUGGAGGAGGUUAAGUACAUGAGAGGAGAGGAGGACCGGGUGAACGCACGCAACCAGGAGAACCUGGAGAAAAGUAAUGUGCAGUACAGGGGGAAGCAGCACAAAGAGGUGUCUGGUGCGAAUGUCAACAAGACCAACAUUCACACGUCAGAGAGCCAGCAGGAAUUUUUCAGGAUGCUGGAUGAGAAGAUUGAAAAGGGCCGGGACUACUGUUCGGAGGAGGAGGAUGGGACAUAGCACAGAUGCCCCCAGAGUCGACUCCUACAGAGAGCCUCACUACGCGUGUUUGGGUGUAUGGAAGUGUGUGUAUGUGUGCGUGUGUGUGUAUGUGUGUGUGUGUGUGUGUGUGUGUGUGUGUGUGUGUGUGUGUGUGUGUGGGAGAGAGCGAGAAAGAGAGAGAGAAACAGAUGGACAGCUGUACCAGUGUUGAACCAGUGACCAACGGGGCGUUUUGUGUGUGAUACUACGUGUUUGAAUGUGUGCAUUUUUGAACCUAUGACAGAGAAAGUAUUUUGGAUGGGAGCGGAAGAGUAAGAAAAGGAGCGAACGAGAGAAAGAAUGAGAUAAAAGAACAGUAUCGUCAGACACUACGGCCCUCCUCUCCUGGCGCCUCAACCCUUCGGGCCCCUGAACGAUAGUGGAGGGGAGGACUUGAUGGACGGAUGAGUAGAGGGGAGAGAUGGAGCGACAAGGAGGAGCGCGCUGAGGGAUGAACAUCAUGACGAGUGGAUACCGGGGCUGACUCCUGCCAGGACAGGGGGCCGGCCCGUCUUUCCCGUGCAGAUCCACUGGAUCCCUUUCCAUUCCUCCAUCUAUCCUUCCAUAACUGCUCCUUCAUCCCGCUGUGCUACAGUCCCCACAGUCCUUCAAGACCGCAGCACCGCGGAAGCCGAUCAGAAAAAAAAAAACGAACUCCCCAAGUACGGAGGCUCUCCAGGGACAUACAUGGAUGUUUUCGUAUGCCUCCUACCAGGUCUUGGUUGAUGUAUAAGGGACUGAGUGAGACAUAGGUUGGGGGGGCGGGGUUAAGGAGAGCUGGGGAGGAGAAGUUUGGCGGUGUAGGAAAAGGCGAUGGAUGAGGGGUGAGGAAGCUGCAGUAAUCUUAGCCCACCAGAAUCCAAAACUGAACUUUUGGCCUACUUAUCAGUUCUGCUGGUGGCCUGGCCUAUGAGAGAUUGAGAGAAUGGAGGGAUGAGCGAUUGAAAGAGGAGCUAAAGAAAAGAGAUAAAUUCCUGAUAUUUUAGUAAGAGAAAGAGGAGGGAGCGAGAGGGUGAUUUUAGAAGCUCCGAGCUCCUGCCUUCUGAAGUCACGGACCCUUUUUUUAAAUUCUGUUCCUCUGCCACCAGUUGGGGUUUUUUUUCUUCCUGUUUUUUUUCAACGAUAGCUUUUCUCACUUCAGUUUUUUUUUCUUCCUGUUGGCUCCCCUUCCUAGUGUAUCGAUAUCUUCAUCAUUAUCAUCAUCAUCACACCCGACAGACGAAGGCUGCGUAGGUCAGAGCCCUGCUGUGUCUCAACCCCAGCCGCCCUCUUCCACAAACCCUCGGCCACACGCCUUUAUACUUAGGUUUACACACUACUAUCUUAGAAGAAACACACAUCUGCAUCCAUACACACGAGAAUAUACACUGCACACGUUUUGUCGUAUCCCUUUUGUGUUUUUUGCCCGACAGACUUUAUCAAGAGAAGGAGAAGGUGUCCCCCCCGUUCGCAUUUCUGUUGUGCUGCAGCGUCCGGCGGGUUCAUGACCUCCGCUGCUUUAUUACCAGCUCAGCUUCUCUUCAGCUCAGCAGUACUGAAGCUUACCGGCAAAGAGUGAACUCACCAUCUUUCUCACACACACACACACACACACACACACACACACACACACACACACACACACACACACACACACACACACGAGCGUCCUACUGGGUUGUGCUUAAAGAGCCAGAAGUGUGGUUGCCGUGGAGACACAGACCCGAUCACGUUUCUGUUGUCAUUGCUGCAUAUUUCCCCCCGUCUACUAUUACUUUGAAUAUAUUUUUGUGUUUUCUUUCUUUUUUUUUAAAGUAAAAAUAAAAACCCACGAGCUCUU